AUGCGCACCUUGCAACCAGUUACAGGAAUAGGCAACGAGCGACAGGGCACAGCUGCGCACGUCCCUCCCUCCCUCCAAGCAAGUGCCGUUCUGCCAGGCGGUGCUAAGGCUGCUAAGGCUGCUAAGGCUGCGGCUUGCGAGCCUUGGAUGCGAGUUGAUGCUGCCGCGCUGCUACUGCUGCUGCUACUGCUGCUACUGCUGCUGCUACUGCUGCUCUAG